UAGCUAUAUUCACAUACUGCUAAGGAAACUCGUUGAGCCUCUCUUGAGCAAACACUCUCUAUGACAAACACACACACUCACCAAACAGGAAGACCACACCUGGUGUUAGUUGGCCGGGAACUGUCAGAUUUACUUGAUGACACCCACCUGCACCACAGUGGAGAAAUAGUUUGGCGGAGACAUACUCUGGAUUACAAACUCAUAAAGUGAUUAAUUCACUUCAUACCAAAUGUCAAGGAAAAUGGUUCCUAAUUUUUUUUUUUUUUUUUUUUUUUACACAAACUAAAUAAUGGCAGUUGAUAUGUCACUUAUGUGAGCGUGCAUUAUAAGUCCAGGACCUGGGAUGAUGGUUUCUAACUGACCAAAACUCAUGCAUCUGUCAGCAAUGUUCACCCCAAGGAAAAGCAGUCUCCCCUCACCCAGCCUGGAAGACUCCUUCUUUCCUCUGUCCUCAUCCUCUACGGUCUCGCUUUCCUUUGCUCUCCCCUCAUCCUCUCCUAGUAGCAUUGAGAGCAGAGGAGGGAUUGAGACUGACCUAAUACUGGCUGCAGAACUGGGGCAAGCUUUACUGGAAAAAAAUGAAGAGCUGGCAACCUCUCUGGAGCAGAGGGAAAGGGAGAUGGAGAUUUUACAGCAGGAGAAGCAUGUUCUUCAGAGGAAACUGGAGAUGAAUGAGCUGGCUUCUAGACAAAGGGAGUUAGAGUUGACAGCGGAUUUAGCAGCCUCAAGAGCUGAGUUGGAGAAACACCACAGCCAGGGUCGUAACCGACGAAAAGAUGAGAGUGAGCAAAUGACUCAGUUGGCCAAUCAUAACCAGCGUCUGGUGGAGCAGCUCGCAGAGGCCGUAACAAUGGAGCACUCCUUGAGGACAGAGCUUCGUGCCCUCAGAGAAGAGAUUGAAGAAUCUGCUUUUAGCCGAAAUAUCAGCUUCACACAACUAGAGAGCAUACAAACAGAGAACACAGUUUUGAAGGAGCGUCUGUCACACAUGGAGGCACAACUAAAUGCUUCACAGGAGGACAGCCAAAGACUUCGCACCAAGAUAGAGGGACUGAGAGACAGACUGUCAGAGCUCCAGAUGACCCUGAGGGAGAAAGAAGCAGAGCUAGAGCAAGAGCAGGGAGUCGUGUUUGAGUUGCGCACUGUGAAUCGCUCUCUACAGCAAAAAGCCCUGCACCUGGGGGAAGAGAGCAUCAUGGACAGCAUGCAACGUGCACCACCGUUGUCUCUGCUUAGUGAAAUUCAGCAGUCACAGGCUAAAGACGCUCUCCUAGCUCACUCCACUGUGCUGCAAGCGAGAGAUAAAGAAAUAGAAGCACUCAAAGAGAAGCUACAAUCGCACCAAGAAGAACUUGAGUCUCUGAGGAAAGAAAUCAAGCCUUUUAGAAGCAGUCCUGGAAAGCCAAGCUACAGUUUCAUAGAGAGUGAAUUGGCCACUGUACGCCAGGAGAAAGAAUCACUAACUCAGCAGCUUCUCAACACCAUCAAACAUAAGGUGGUGCUGUCUCAAGAGCUGGAUGCCUGGCAGGAGGAUAUGCGGUUGGUGAUUAAUCAACAGGUACAGCAAAGAGAAGAGGAGAGAAAAAGGGAAAACCAGCGAGAGAAAGAAAGCCCUUCAGGACUCAGAAGAAGCAAAUCUUUGAAAGUGAAGGGAGAUGGAGGAAAGGGGUUCUUCUCAUUUUUCAAAGACAUAUAACAGAAAGAGUUUGUCUAUGUAGCUGGGAUAGGUUCCAACAACCCCCCAUGACCCUAGUGAGGAUUAAACGGUAUGGAAAAUGAGAUGAGAUAUAACAAAAGGAGGAUGCAUCAGUUUAAACCACACACUUUCAUCCACAUCAGCUUUUGUUGGUCACAUCAUCACACUUGGUCACUGCAAGUUUCUGUUGCCAGAUAACAGAACACCACCAUAACCAGUCAAAUGUUUAUAGACCUCAUAUUUGAAUGUAUGUAUAUAAAAAAGAUUUUAGCCUUUAUGUUAAAAACUAAGUUUAUUAACUUUAUUCUGCAUAAAUGUCAGAUAUUCACUCUUUGUAGCUUUGUUUUGAUCUCUAACAAUUCCAGGGACAAAUACUUGACUGUUAUUUUGCUUGAUGCAAAAACAAAGAAAAGGGUAAAAAGUAAAACAACAAACUGAGUCAACAGUCAUAGAAAUAACAUCUUUAAUAAAUUAAGUCCCAAAAGACCACCACUCCCUUUCAUUUCUCUCUGUGUAUACAUUACAUAAUGAAUAAAUUAGAGAACAUUUCAUAUAACCGGGACUGGAAAUGACCAGUGCAGGUUGCAUACAGGUCAGUGUUGCCACAUGCCCUCAUCCAUAUAGAUACAGUACAACUGUAAACUCAGGAGACUGGAGCUUGGUGUUUGAAAUUCCCCUGCUCCAACCUCAAAUUCUUUUUUAUUUUAUAAACUACAAAAAUUGCCACAAUCACUUACUUAGGGAUCAUACUGAUGUUUUGAUAUGUUCCACCUGCAUAUAUACUUAAACUCAUAGAGUUGACAUUAUUACAUUGCAGUUUAUCUUUAGACUGAUCCUCUGAGCAUUAAUUAGAGUGUGCAAAUCAGCCCCCAAAGACUGGCUCAUCAUCAUGGUAAGGUUUAGAACAGCAUCUAUGUUCAUUCAAACUCAAGAUCCUAAAUUCAAGGUUUUGGGGGGACUUUGUUGUUUGUCCAACUUUAUUUUCAAAUGAUACUGGCACUAAUGUAAACCAGUUGCUGGAAAAAUAGUGAGCAGAAAGAUCAAGAAUACAUAAGAAUUACUUUAAUUUACUACUUCUCAUAGGCUAAAACAUUUUAUUUUAGUACAAUCUACAUAUAUUAUACAAGAUACAGUAUAAAACGUUUUAAGUUUACAGUACAGUAAGCUUUUUAUCCGUUCUGGUUUGUCCAGACGGUGAUGUGCAGUCUGGUUUCAGGGGGACAGUAACAUUGCAAUCCUCUUAUCACUCUAUCACUCUAAACAUCACCUCCAUUUUCAGAGGUAGGUUGCAAGGUAAGAUGUAUUGACUUAAAGAAACAGAAUGUAAGUUGGUGAGGCUAAUAUACCUUGGAAGGUCAGGUAACUCUGAAGCCUCUUUCUGAACGAAGGUCCUGACAAUGAAUUGUAAUUCCAGCUGGGGUCAGUGAGAAAUUAUCCCACAUUGACACCCAGACCCACUUGCAGCUUGUCCCCUCUGUGAUUUACAAAGGCGCCCAUGAUUAGAGUGGCAGGGAGUGGAGUCAGACGCUUCUCCAAGACACCUCCUAUUAUGCAGCGACUGUUAAUCAUACCUGGAUACACACAAACAAAAGGAGACUCAUAUACUCUAUGAUUUCUGAACAAUUUUCUUUGAGCCAUAGAAUUUUACAAAAGAAAUUUACCACGAAAAACCAUGUUGGCCUCGGGAAGUUCCAUCUGGUAUCCAAACGAAGUUGUGGUCUCCUGAGUUCUGGUACUUGCUUCAAAUUCCACGCCAACUUGGAUCUGGCAAACAUACACAAAAAUACAUCUACAUGCAUAUACAUACAUACACAUAUGUAGAAUAUUCACUUAAUGUAAACUGCAGUGGCAUCUUUCUAUUAGGUGCAACCUCACCAGAGGGCCCUGUUGCACGGGGGAAGAUUAUAAACCCUAAUAAACUUUCCUGUGUCAAAAAUGUUGUGCAUAAAUUAAUAAAUAAUAAACUUUAUCCCCAA